AUGAUGUCAGGCGGAGGCGACCUGCGGCGAAAUUUUAUGAAUAAUGAUCACUUGAGCCCGAUGUCAAUCGACUCCAGGGCAUUGGUCGUCUCUGACCCUUUAGCAUUAAGGCCCGUUGGACAAAAGUAUCCCUUUAUAAAGGAAGAGGUACAUAAUGGAGUUCAUGGUCAGAACCCCGCGUCAAUGAUAAACCACUCGCAGAAACUUCAGGAUGACUUGCAAGAACUUGGCCAAAGAAUUAAGCACCAUGAAGACAAUAUCAAAUGCUUAAAAACUCUGAAGAAUAAAUUAGAUGACUCAAUCCUUGAUAUGCAAGUUGCCCUUGGGAAGCAUCAUACAGCAAAAUUUCCUAGAGGAGAAAAUGAAGGCCCUGUUCCGAUGGAGAGUGAGGAAGACAUACUUCAGCAGAUCUUGAAGUACGAAAAUUCUGCAGCAGCCUUGUUGUGUAAGAUGAAAUAUAACCGUGAGGCGCAGGUCUCUGAUCACUCAUUGACUGAAGAUGUGAUCGGUGUUGUUGCUAUACUUGGCAAAGUUGAUGAUGCUAACCUUAGCAGGCUUCUGUCAGAGUAUUUGGGUUUAGAAACCAUGCUAGCAGUGGUCUGCAAGACUUAUGAAGGAGUCAAAGCUCUCGAGGGAUACACCAAAGAUGGUUCAAUUAAUAAAAGUUCGGGCAUUCAUGCCCUAGCUGCAUUAGCUGGACGGCCUCUGGAUGACCGAUUCCUCAUUAUUUGUCUGGAAAAUCUAAGACCAUAUACUGGUCAGAUAAUAACUGAUGACCCCCAACGGAGGCUUGAUCUUCUGAAGCCAAGAUCAACUAGUGGUGAAACUCCAGCCGGCUUUCUUGGUUUUGCUGUAAAUAUGGUGACAAUUGAUGGCACUUACUUAUACUGCACCCCGAAAAACAAACACAGUCUGAGAGAGACGCUAUUCUACAACCUUUUCUUGGAUUUGCAAGUAUACAGAUCAAGAGACGACAUGCUAAAGGCUCGGCCUUAUAUUGCCCAUGGAGCCAUAUCUCUCGAUGGAGGGAUUAUAAAAAGUCCCGGGAUGUUCUUCUUGGGUCAUCACAAUAGGGAUAUAGAUGUCAAGUUUGCUAGUGACUCCAAAAGGAGUCUCCCAGCGACCUAUUUUGAAAUUGAAAAUAAACUUAAGGAGACGAAGUGGAAAAAGGAACGAGCUGGAGAAGAUAUGCAGAGAGAGUUAGCUCUGUUAGACCAUACAAAGCUCAACUAUGAAAUAAAAAAGAAGGAAUUUGUCCAGUAUAUUGCUGAAAGUGGAUCAUAUGCUGCUCAGUUUCAGGCGGGACGCGUAUCGACCCCUAGAUGA